AUGGAAAAAUUUUUAACUCGUAAUUUACAGCCAUUAGAACAAUACAGAAAACUGAAUGGUUAUCGACGGUCGAAUGAAACGAAAAGACUAAGGGCGCUUUUUUUAAGGCCAUUAAAUGCUCAAAUUCCAGAUAAUGUGGACUGGAGGAAAAAGGGAUAUGUUACACGUGUUAAAAAUCAGGGGCGAUGUGGUAGUUGUUGGUCAUUUAGUACAACUGGUUCUUUGGAAGGGCAGCAUAUGCGAAAAACUGGAAAACUCGUCUCACUUUCCGAACAAAAUUUAGUUGAUUGCUCAUCUAAAUAUGGAAACCAUGGAUGUGACGGAGGAUUGAUGGAUAAUGCUUUCGAAUACAUAAAAGAAAAUAAAGGGAUUGAUACAGAAGUAUCUUAUCCAUAUGAAGGAGUUGAAGGAAAGUGUAGAUUCAAGAAGAAAUCAAUUGGAGCAACUGAUGUUGGGUUCACAGAUGUUCCAUCUGGCAAUGAACAUGCGCUUAAAGAAGCAGUCGCAACUGUAGGACCGAUUUCUGUUGCUAUAGAUGCUUCACAAUUAUCAUUUCAAGCAUACAAAACUGGUGUUUAUUAUGACAAGAACUGCAGCAGUGAAGCUCUAGAUCAUGGUGUGCUUGUUGUUGGCUACGGUACAGAUAAGAAGCAUGGUGAUUAUUGGAUUGUCAAAAAUAGCUGGGGAACAGGAUGGGGUAUGGAUGGUUAUGUAUUAAUGGCUAGAAAUCGUAAAAACCACUGCGGCAUCGCUACUGCUGCCAGCUAUCCACUCGUCUAA